AAACAAGAAACAGACAAACAAACGAGGAGGUAGAUAUUCUUCUUCUAUCCCCUUCCUCGCGCCGCCGCUGCCGGACCAAAUCCACAACCGCCGGAUCAAAUCGCCCUCACCGCUUGGCCGCCGGCGAUGGCGCUGGCGUCGAAACCCUGCCAGCCGGACCUCCGGAUCUACAAACCGAGCUUCACUCCCUGGUACCCGUCGCACCAGGAAGACUCCGAGUCCAGAUCUCAUCUGCUGCGGAGGAUCCACGCCUUCUACCUCAAGGCGCGGAGGCGGCUCAAGCGCCACCGGCCGCAACACGGCCGCCGCGUCGACUUCUGCUGCGGCGCCCUCUGCGUCGGCCUCCUCGACCCCGUCGCCAACAUCGUGGUCAACAGCCUCAUCUCCUCCUGCAAGCCCAAGCCCCAGCGCAAGGGCGCGCAGGCGGACCUGGAGCGCCGCUCGCUCGACGCCCUGGUGGCCUUCCUCACCCGCCUGUUCCCCAACCUCCCCGAGAGCCUGGCCGUGCACUACCUGCGCCUCGCCGACGCCGACGCCCCCGUCGCCGCAAGCGUCAUCGUCUCGGACCACGGCAUGAAGAGGUUCUGGGAGUCCGAGCCGGACCUCAUCCACACGGUCCCCUUCAUGGCCCUCAAGUGCGCCGCGCUGGCCGUCGGGCACCCCGACCCCGACCGCCUCGUCAAUGCCUGGCUCAACAUCUCCGACAGCAUUGACGGCGAUCGGCACUUCCUUGCCUGGUUGCACAGACCACCGUCAUCCUGCCCCGGCUCCAAUAUUAGCAAGCUCGCCGAGUUGAUCAACGGGGUGCCACUGGGCUAUCAAGAUUUGAGCCGGGCAUGGCGGCUUGCAGCUUCUCGUCCCAGUCGUCCCUGCAGCGACCCGUACCUGCACACCAGCUUGCUCAGCCGGACGCUCCAGGAUGCCAUCCACGGGUUCUACCUCCAGGCCAUCGCCCGAUUGCCAGCAGGCUCUCGUUUCCACCGCAGCCUGCUCAAGGCCGGCUACUGCUAUGGCCCUCUUGAUCCUGUCUCCAACAUCAUCGUCAAUACCAUCUGGUAUGAUGCCGUGUUCCCACCUACCAUGAAGCUAGAGCUGGACCUGGAUGUGAUCGGCACGCAGUGUCUCCACCGGCUGGAGAACCGCUCCUUGUAUGGCCUGGCCUCCUUCCUCUGCACACGUUAUCAUCGCUUCGAUUUCCAUCAAGCUCUGCAAUGCCUGGUCCAGGCAGAUGCCAACCUUGUGCUCGCCGAUCCCAACCUUGUGCUUGCCGAUCCUAACAUUGAUCCUUCCACUCGCUAUGUGCUGAUGAUUUGCCCACCAUCUGCUGCCCCCACUAGCAAUGUUGUUGAACCUCAAGACCCCCCGGACACCAGUCUCGAGAAAGCCUUCUUGGCCGCUGCCACCGCAGCCUUUCACCCCAACCCGGAAGCCCAUGUAAAGCUUCUCACUUCGUGUAAGCUCAAGUCUGCCUUUCGUCUGCUGCAUCGUCGGCCUGACAGGCUCUCUUCUCAAGAUGUUAAGCGGCUUGCCAUGUUGCUGUGUCCUAAAUCUGCUCAUGGCUGCAAGAGGGCAUUUCUCCCACUCCCCCUCACAGUUUACCCCCGUGCAAAGCUAGCAGGCAUAUAUACAAGAAUCUCCAAGAAGGUCAACGCUCUGCUGAAUGCAUAUGCUCAGAUGCCAAAUGGGGAUCCGAAAUUCGAGCUUCAUACGAUUUGUGGUGUGAAUGAUCGUGUCUCCGGCCCUACUUCCUUUCCUCCUAAGUAUGGCCACUCUCAUGUCAAUUUCGUGGCUACUCCCAAAAGCCCUUGUGGUGGUGCUGCGGCUUUGUUUUUUGCUGAAAUUAGCAACAAUGACCAAGAUGAGGAGUCCUUCUGUUGCCAUGUUGCUCUGCCUCCGCCAUGUGCUGCACAAAUUCGGUGUCUUUACUGUGAGUACAUUGGGACUAGAAUUGUGCAUCCAGUCAGGAUAGACUUCCAUGGGCGUGAGUCGGAGUUUGAGAAGAUGGCCUGCGGAAAAGACCCCCGUAACGGUGAAAAUGUUCCUCCAUGGAGGGCACCAUACUACAGCAACUCGCAAAUCAUCAACAAUAGGCGCAGCUUCGCAGAGAAUGUUUAUGGCAGAAAGAAAGAAGAUAGCCUCUAUGAUGACUUGGAUGAGCACAAGAGUGUGGAUCUGGGGUCCAUUAGUAUUCGACAACUAUUUUUAGAAAUCUAGAGUUCUGUCAAAGCUACACAAGAUUGUGUAUGAUGUGUAGUUCUGUGACUAUGCAAAACAAGUUAAGUUUAUGCUGUCUUAGAGGUAGGAUAGUGCUCGUGAAAUCUAACAAGUGUGUUAGUAAUGGUAUUUGAAUGAUGUUUGUUAGUGAUGCUAUUUGAGUGUGGGAACUGCAGUUUAAUCUGAACUACGUAUGUAACUGCUUCAUUUAGCAAUCACUUGGUGCUGCA